GGUGAAGGAGCAGAGGCUCAGUCCACCUCCCAGUCCUCCCAGUCCUCCCAGCAGCCUCCAGGACAGCAGGACGAGGCCGGCCCGAGGUCGGGGAGAAGCCGGCGUGAUGACAGAACAAUGUGUGAACCAGCAGACGUCUCAGGAGCAGAACAGGAAGUGUAGCAGAGGAGCCAGACAGCAGGAGCAGAGGGACUAUCAUUCAGAUGUAGAGAACGUGACGGAGGCUCCUCAGAGAAGUGGGAGGACGAUCAGCGAGACGGAUCAGGAGCUAGCAGGCCCGAGGAAACCAGCGUUAGUCCGGUCCAAGACCUUUGACCACUCUCUGCUGACUCAGGUCCAGAUGGACUCAGACUCCAAGUUAGACAGGAAGAAGUCUCACUACAGCCAGCUGUCUAAGAGCAACUGCCAAUACCAUAAAAUAUUUAAGGAGAUCUGCAAAGAGGAACAGCUGAGACAAAGUUACACCUGUGCUCUGCAGAAAGACAUCCUCUACCAGGGACGGAUGUUUGUCUCCGACCACUGGGUCUGCUUCCACUCCAAGGUGUUUGGCAAAGACACAAAGAUUGCCAUCCCCGUGACGUCUGUCAAUCAGAUCAAGAAAACCAAAACUGCCAUCCUGGUGCCGAACGCUCUGGUGAUCGCCACCGCCAACGACCGGUAUGUGUUCGUGUCCCUUCUGUCCAGAGACAACACCUACAAGAUCCUGAUGUCCAUCUGCCUUCAUCUGGAGGAGAAGAGUCCGUGCAGCAGCCCCAUCCCCUGCUCUGCAGAGAGCAGCUUCAGAGGUCAGAGGUCACCGCUGACUCCUCGCUUCCCCCUGAGUUUCACUGGUGACUUCAUCGACCUGGACGAAGCAAUGAGGCAGAGGAGGCAGGAGAUGGAGGAGAGCAGCAGCUCCGACUCGCAGACGCCCGACUACGAGAAGAUAGCAGAGUUUCCUGUUCCUCCGUUCCUGGAUGUGUUGAAACACACGGACCGAGCGGCGGCUCCUGAACUUCAGGGCCAGCAGCACAAGGUGAAGAAUCAGAACCAGCCUCAGAACCAGCCUCAGAACCAGCCUCAGAACCAGCAGACCUCUGACAACAAGCAGAACGAGACUCAACGUGGUUCAGGGGUGGUGAUUGACAGCAGGACAAUGAAACACGUCUCUAUCAACACUCUGCUGUUCGUCUACCUGUUCCUAGUGUGUGUGCUGGUCCUGUCCUCCUGCUACUUGGCCUUUAAGAUCUUCUCGUUGGAGCAGACGCUGGCGACACUGGGCUCCGUGGCAGAGUUCACUCACCACAGGGCGAGCGACUUCCUGCAGGGCAGCUCUGACGUGAACGCAGAGUUCUUCUCUGAACUUCUGACGAUCAACCUGAUGAAGCUGGAGAAGGUGCAGAAGAAUCUACAGAGACUUCUGGACGAAGCUGCCUGAAGGAACCCAGAUGAACGUGUUGUGAACAGAUGUGUAAAUAUUAGUUUAUCAGAACAGAUGUUACAAACUCACACGAGCGAUGUGAAUAAUGUGAACUGGACGAACAAUCUGCAACCGGCUGGAAAACAACGAACAAACACUUUAAAUUCAGUUAAAGUGCGAAAACACACCAGGAUCAAGAGCAGUGAUGAUGUCACAGUGUACGGACCCCCCCCCAGUUCGCUGCUCCACCCCUGCAGCCCAGGGAGACGUUGAACCACCAGGGGGCAGCAAACACAAUGAGAAGCUCUUUAAACCUGCAGCAGUUUCAGCUCAAUCUGUGAUCAGCGACCGAUUGGCUGAUUGGAAAUCAAACCUUCAUGGCACAUUUAUAAAUAUGACCUCCAGGAUUGUGUCUGCUCAAUGAAAGAUGUUGUAGGAACAGACUUUGUUUUGAAGGCUGUGACAUUUCAAUGAUCUGUGUCAGAGCAGGAACAGAAUGAAAGUCCUCGGCUGAUUCAGGUGUUUCUGAGUCGCAGCUGGAAACAUCCACAGAAACUUCCUCUGGUUUGUGUCCAGAUGUGAAUGUGUUCAAACAUCAUGAAGAUAAAUCUCUCUCUGCUGGAGACACUCGACUGUUACACAGACCGACAUCCCCGUGAUUCUGUAAAUAUGAAAACUGUGUUGAUUAAAAUGAUGUGGUUUUGUUUUUCCUCUUUUGAGCAAUAAAGUUAUUUUGGCUCCGAA